GUUUAGCCAAACCUCUCUAGUCUUAAACAAAAAGCCUCCCACCAACGACGACAAGGAGGGGAGAGAAGCAAAGCGUAGGUGGGAGGCGUCUAUAUAAGUCAAUCGUGGUGGUGUUCGUAACUCGUAAGCUCUCACCAACCCAUCUUUCAACUCUAUCACCUACCUUCACCAAAAACCCAUUUUUCUCUGUAGUUUCUUCACCAUCUUUCUUUUUUCUCCUUUCUCUUUUCUCUGUUUCAUUUACUUUUUCUUUUCUAUUCUUUUCAAUGGAGGCAAAGCUUUUAGGAGCCACCUUUCCUGCUACUAUCAGGCCUUGUCAUGGUUCGAAUUCAAGACCCAGUUCCCUUUUUGGCCUCAAAACUUGGCAAAGUCCUAACUUUGUCAGCUUCAAAUCAAGCGUACCCAAGACGCUUCACUCUUCUCCGGCUUUUGCAAUGACCAAUGGAUCAUUGGCAACAAAGGAAAGGACGGAUGAUAGUGACAACUUGACCCUAGAGGCCAUAAGAUACUCUUUAAUUCGGCAGGAGGAUAGCAUAAUAUAUAGUCUUUUAGAAAGAGCCCAAUAUUGUUACAAUGCAGAUGCAUAUGAUCCCAGUGCGUUCUCCAUGGAUGGGUUCAAUGGAUCUCUGGUAGAAUACAUGGUGAGAGAAACUGAAAAGCUUCAUGCUCAGGUUGGCAGAUACAAGAGCCCUGAUGAGCAUCCUUUCUUUCCAAAUGAUCUACCUAAUCCAUUGUUGCCACCAAUGCACUACCCGAAGGUUCUACACCCCAUUGCUGACUCAAUCAAUAUAAAUAGCAAAGUGUGGGACAUGUAUUUUAGAGAUCUCAUCCCAAGGCUGGUCAAGGAAGGUGAUGAUGGCAACUGUGGCUCCACUGCCGUUUGUGACACAUCAUGCUUGCAGGUUCUCUCCAAGAGAAUUCACUAUGGCAAAUACGUGGCAGAGGCUAAGUUCCGAUCCUCUCCCGAGGCGUAUGAAGUUGCUAUCAAAAAACAGGACAAAGAGAAGCUUAUGGCUUUGCUGACAUACCCAACUGUUGAGGAGGCAGUCAAAAGGAGGGUAGAAAUGAAGGCAAAAACUUAUGGGCAAGAAAUGCCGGUGAACAUAGACGACAAUGGAGCUGAUCCCGUUUACAAGAUAAAGCCAAGUGUAGUUGCUGAUCUGUAUGGAGUAUGGAUCAUGCCACUGACCAAGGAAGUUCAAGUUGAAUACUUGCUAAGAAGGUUGGACUGAGGAACUAAGAGUACUCUUAAGCUGUUUGCCAAUGAAGUCUACAAUGUAUGUCAACUGUUUUGUGUAGAUAAGCUAUCUAGGUCUUCAGUAAUCAACCCCAUGGUUUACUUUACUUGUAUGUAAGAGGAUCCUGAAACUCUUUUAAUGGGAUUCUAUAGUGUUUCUUUGCUUGUUUUACAAACAUCAAAAAUGGUAUUACAUCUCUUUCUUUUGGAAAAGGUAUACAUAUAUAUUAUUGCCCUUAGUUUGAAUGA